UGAAGAGAGCAAAGCAAAGGCGCCCGUCACGCGUGGCGUGCCAGCUGAGCGGCGGCAGCGGGCAGCCCGGCGCCCCGUCGCGUCGGCUCGGGUCAAGCAAUAAAUAAAAAGCGAGCUGGCUGGCGUCGCGAGCCCGACCUGCCCGCCCCGCCCCGCCCCGCCCCGGAGUAGCGGCAGUAGAAACCGCCCGCCCGCCAUUCCCACCUCUCCCUCCCUCAAUUCUCAUCUCCCUCUCCCCUGCCGCGGCGAGCCGCCCAGCCGCGCGCCCAAAACCCUAGCCCCGCCCGCCGACACCCCGCCACCGCGCCACUCCCGCCCGCCUCCGCAACCAAUCCCCCCACCCACCCACCCACCGCGGCGACGCGCUCCUCCAUGGACGGGUCCAAGGGCCCGAGCGACGGGGACGCGGCGGAGGAGGCGGGGGACGGGAACAAGGACAGGACGCCCGGCGCCUCCGACGCCGUUCUCGCCGCCGGGCCGUUCAGGACCGCCGCCAGCGACGGCAGGGUGCCCUGGGCGGCGCCGGGGGCCAAGCCCAAGGUGGUCUACCACGAUCCCAGCAUCCCGCGGCCGCAGGACGUGUACCUCAUCAGGGUCAACAACUGCAACUCGCCCUUCGAUCACGUCUGGCUGGAGCGCAGCGAGGACGGCACCCGCCCUAUCCACCCCUUGGAAAAACUACCCGUGGAACAGUUUAUUGACAGAAAUGUUCCUGAAAGUGAACCAGUAAGGCCAGCUGAUGUAGACGAUACCCCGUUUACGCUAGUAGAAGACCUGAAAGGAUUGACAGAGUUAGUUAACAAGUUGAAGGAUGUAAAUGAAUUUGCUGUCGAUUUGGAGCACAAUCAAUAUAGGUCAUUUCAGGGUUUGACCUGCUUGAUGCAGAUUUCAACAAGAACAGAGGACUUCAUUAUCGACACCCUUAAGCUACGCAUAUACAUCGGUUCUUACUUGAAAGAACUUUUCAAAGAUCCAACCAAGAGAAAGGUAAUGCAUGGGGCAGAUCGUGAUAUAAUGUGGCUCCAGCGGGACUUCCGAGUAUAUGUGUGCAAUCUUUUUGACACAGGACAGGCUUCAAGGGUUUUACAGAUGGAACGAAACAGCCUAGAACACCUAUUACAUCAUUUCUGUGGAGUCACAGCGAAUAAAAUAUAUCAAAAUGCAGAUUGGAGGUCAAGGCCACUCUCUGAUGAAAUGAUCAAGUAUGCGAGAGAAGAUACACAUUAUCUGUUGUAUAUAUAUGACUUGAUGAGACUUAGACUACAAAGGGAGUCCACAUGUGAAAACGAUCUUCUUUUAGAGGUUCAAAAGCGCAGUAAUGAUAUUUGCUUGCAGUUGUAUGAAAAGGAGCUGCUGACAGAUAAAUCUUACCUCCACAUAUACGGGUUGCAGGAACAUGAAUUGGCCGCAGCUCAGCUGGCUGUUGUUUCUGCUCUACAUCAGUGGAGAGAUUAUAUAGCUCGUGAACAAGAUGAGAGCACUGGUUAUGUAUUGCCAAACAAGGCUUUGAUUGAGAUAGCAAAGAAGAUGCCUACAACCACUGCAGAUUUGCGAAGAAUCGUGAAAACAAAAUAUCCAUGUGUUGAGGAUAAUUUUGACCUAAUCUUGGACAUCGUAUGGAAUGCAACUGAAAAUUCUGGUGCCUUUGAAGCAAUAGCUGAGCAACUAAAGAAAGUACGACUUGGUGAGUUAGACUUGAAAAGUAUACUGGACACUGGUGAAGUUAUCGAAAUGGCUCCUUCGGAUGCUGAUAAUGUUGGGAUCAGUUUUGAUCCAGCUGAUCAAUAUUCUUUAGCUCCUUCAUCAACUGCAAAUAUCAGGGUUACUUCUAACAGUAGGGAUAGUUUUAUGACUGAUGCAACUUUGACUGGUAGCAUCUGGCUACACGACAAAACCUCAACCAUACCAUCAUCAGAAAAUAGGACGUCUUGGGGCUUAUCAGGCCUGACUAGACAAUCAAACAAGGAAGUGAUGAGCAAUAAUAAGCAGGAGACACAGGCUCCUGUUCAAGAACUGAAGAGACCUUCGCCUUUUGGAGCUCUGGUAGGCAAUUCAACAUCUGGAAGACAGACAGAUUACUUUGGAGGAUUUUCAAAUGAGCAGGCUAAAAGCGACGUUGAUCAGAUUCAGUCUUCAGCUUAUUACUACCCCCAGUUCUCAGACUACAGCAGUUUAGCUGGAUGGAGCCAUCAUGAACCGGAACGCACACAGGCCUCUGGGUUCAUGUCUGGUUGCUAUUACGGGCAUGGCUACCAGUCGAUAAACCAAAGCAGUACAGGAACAGGUCAGCCCGCCGCUGGAAAUAAUGGAGGGGGUUUGAAGAAGCAGCAACAACCUCCCCCUCAUUCGGGUAACUAAAGCGGUACUGCUCUGCCUAUAACUAACUGUGGCGCGACAGCCCCUGUGAUCCAUCCAUCCUGUUGUGCAGAAAAAUAGUUAUAGAGAAAGAGAGUAGGAAGCUGACCUGUUUUCACCCGUGCCCUCUCACAUGAGUGGCUAGGCGCUGGACAUAGCAUUUGUUUCAUUGACAGUAGACGGAAGACAUGUGUGCUGUCAUGUGGUGAAUUGGAUGUGUGUAUGUAACAAGUGACAAAACAUGGCGUGUUGUUGUGCAAUGGUGGAUGCUGGAAUUGCACAGGUGGUAUACUGUAAAACUGGUGGUAUAGAUAGCAAAUACUUGAAGACAAAAACGCUUUUUUCU